GGCCUGGUAUUACAAAGACCCGUUUCCUUAUUCAGAAGUGUGAAACAUGAAGCCUCUCCUGAACUCUCUCUUACUUUUGUGUCUAUGCGCCUGUUCAACUCGGGGUGUUUCAUCGGGCACACCUGUUGUGACACAGAGCCCAGAUGUUUCUGUAAUGGAGGGGGAGACUCUGAACAUCACCUGCUGCUGGACAGGGGAGCUUGAAAGAGGGAGAGUUAACUGGCUGAAAGAUAAAACAUGUUUAAAUAAUGAGCUUUUUUUCAAUAAUGAUCAUUUCCAAGGAUCUGGAAAACAAAACAGAUCCGUCUGCUUCCACUGGACCUUUCUGAAUAUCACCAGAAAAGAUUCAGGAAGCUACACCUGCAAUUUGGAAGUGGAGAUACCAGUUGUCUUUAGGGUUGAAGGAAACAGUACUGUGAUCACAGUUACAGACAGAGAGGACACAUUUGAGGAUGCAGCAAAAGAGGACGAGCCUGAAGGUCUUACCAAUGUUUCAGGUAUGUUGGUCUGGGUCCAUGUCCUGAGGUGUCUGCCUCUCCUGGCUCUCAUUGUUACCUUCUUCUGCAUUAACAGGUGGGCGACCAAAGCUCAGCAACCCACAUCAGAUCCUGGAAAAACACGCUCCACAGCCCAAAGAGUAGAAGAAGAAGAAGAAGAAGAAGAAGUUGAAGGAGAAGAAGGAGAAGGAGAAGCAGAAGAAGAAGAAGAAGAAGAGAAGAGGAAGAAAUACGAGCAGAAUAUAACGAUGUAGAAUAAAUAACAAGCAAAAUUAAAAUUGAUUUAAACAAAGCUAUGAAAGACAAAAUAAUUAAAUUGUUUUAAUCACUUUAUUUCUAAAGAACCUGCAAAUUGCUUAAAAAAAAACUUUAUUUGAUGCUGAUGUCUCCUCAGACAGUUUGAUGUUUUUCAAUGUAUGAUGCACAAAUAUAUUGUUGGUGAUGUAUUGGAUCGUUCGACCACUUUUUCUUAUCAAACAGUAAUUUUAUGAUACCUCUCUGAAAAGUGCAGGGGGGGCAAGAUACGGAAAAAUUGUUGUUGUUUUUUUGUAAUUUGAUGCCAUCAUCAAGAAGAGUAGGGAAGAAGGCGAAACUGCAGCAAUAAGUUAUGUCGUCAAGACAAACACCAUGUAUAAUGCAAAUGUCACAGUGAUGGAGAAAGUGAUGCAGGAAGUGAGAAUGUGCAUGGGUUGCAAGAGAGUCAGAGGGGGAGUGAUGAAAGCAUUCAUGAGAGGUAUAUAUAAUUUAAAUAUACAUAGUUUCAACAUUUGAUAUGUCAUCUUUGUGCUAUUUCUAAUAAAUGAUGGGGUUUCAGUGUUUGGAAAAUCA